AGUAAAUCCUUGUGGACAAAGACAUUGAAAAGAUCCUUGAUUAUCCAAACAUGUCCCUCCAUUAUGACAUGGGUUGACAUGGCAACGACUUUCCACUUCAUAAAAGAGACCGUCCCUGAAGAAAGGAUUUGGAAUACAUGGCGAACUAAAGCCAGAAAAGAAAUGACAGCAUACGUUGUUGUUGUGAGUUAAAAUAUCAAACAUAAGAAAGAAUGAAAACGUUAGAUGGCAAAAGGAAGUAAAGAAGAAAAAACUGGACAGUAAAGUUCAUUUGGAAUAUAAGAAUUAUUCGUCAGAGAUCAAGAAAAGACAGUUAUUAUACCCACCAUUGAACGUGUUUAAUAAUUAUCCUUUUUUUAAGCCACCACCUAUUCGCCAUUUUGUUGUUCAUCAUCAUGCUAUCCCUGUCGCCUGUGAUCCUAAUCCAUGUCAGAAUGCGGGAACUUGUACUGUCGUUGUCAAGGGUUACGAGUGCACAUGCCAACCAGGAUUUAUGGGAUCGCAUUGUGAAGUGCGAAGUCAAUGUGAACCCAACCCAUGUAAAAAUGGAGGGACUUGUUAUGAUGUUGGUACUGGGUACGAGUGUACAUGCUCACUUGGUUUCAAAGGAAGUUCAUGUGAAGAUAAAAACAAGUGUCAUCCUAAUCCUUGUGAAAAUGGUGGGAUAUGUACAGGAACUAAUGACAUUGAUGGAUUUGAGUGUACUUGUAGAGAGGGAUACAAAGGGAAGAGUUGUGAAGCUGUGAAUCAAUGUAGUCCAAAUCCGUGUAAAAAUGGUGGAUUGUGUGUCGAGAAGGGAACUAAGUACGAGUGUACUUGUCCUUUUGGAUACAAGGGAGUAACUUGUGAAGAACAAAGCAAUUGUUUCUCGACGCCCUGUCUCAAUGGUGGAACAUGUGUUGAAGAGUCUGGAGGAUACAAAUGUAAUUGUCCAUAUCACUAUAGUGGAGUCCACUGUCAAGAACACCUUUGUCAUCCGUCACCGUGUCAGAACUCUGGAACAUGUAUUGAAGAAAAUGGAACAUUUCGAUGUGUUUGUCGUAUUGGUUAUCAUGGACAUAAUUGUGAAUUUGAAACUCCUUGUAUCUCUCAUCCUUGUCUUAAUGGUGGUGUAUGUAUUGAUAUGACUGCUAUUCAUGAUCAUGAUUUGGAUGUACGUAUGCUUACUCCAUCAUCUAUGUAUAAAAAUGGAUAUUAUUGUAAAUGUUCUCCUGGUUACACUGGCACAAAUUGUGAAGACGAUUCAUGUGGUCGUUGUCACUCUUAUGCUGAGUGUGUUGAUAACAAGUGUCGUUGUCUAGAUGAUUACCAUGGUGACGGGAUACACUGCCGCAAAAACGUCUGUCACCCGAAUCCCUGUAAGAAUUCUGGGAGAUGCGUUGAAGCUGAAAAUAAUUUUGACUGUGACUGUCCAUCUGGAUAUACAGGACCUCUUUGUCAAGUUCGUCGGUUCUGUUUUCCUAAUCCAUGUAAAAACGAUGGUGUUUGUAUUCCUUCUACACAAGGUUAUUCAUGUUCUUGCAAGAGAGGCUUCAAUGGUGAUUCUUGCUCAGAUAGUGACGUUUGUCAACCUAAUUCUUGUGUUAAUGGUGGUACAUGUCGUGUUGAGAACAACGAAGCCGUAUGCACCUGCACUGAACAAUAUGAAGGCAGACGUUGUGAAGUUGAUACUCGCACUUCAAAGUCUCAAUGUCAUCCUAAUCCUUGUCAAAACGCGGGUACGUGUCAUGAAAAUGAUCCUGGAUACGACUGUUAUUGUGCAACUGGGUUCAAGGGACCUCAUUGUGAAAUCAAUGAAUGCGAGAAGUGCGAUCCCUAUGCUAUAUGUGUCAGCGGUCAAUGCAAAUGUCGUAUUGGUUACAUUGGUAAUGGUCAUGGAUGUCUUAAAGAUCCUGACUCUGACUGUAACAGUUGUAGUCCCCAGGCUUCCUGCAAGAAUGGGAUGUGUGUAUGUCUUUUUCCAUUUAUAGGAAACGGUCAUACAUGUUAUUCUUCCAUUACUUCACCUCCACCCGCGCCUCUGUAUUCAACCUGUACGUAUUCUAGCUGCCCGUUUCCUAGUCAAUGUUAUGGAAAUAUUUGCUUAUCAAAAAGAUCACAAAUUAUGAAAAACGUUCUAUCCACUAUCUAUCACUCAAAGAAACGUCAAGAUAUGAGACUUGCCAAGCUUAAGGAAGGCAGGAUUACACAAAGAUUAAUUAAUAAAAUUGGGAAUUAUAGCAAAAAAUUGUCAGCAACGCGAUCCAAAGAUGAAAGGAAAGUGCGACAUAAAAACAUGGAGGUUGUUGCAUCAUCGUUGAUGGCUAAAACUCAAACAAAAGUUUACAAAACGAACGCCAAUAAAUUGGUUGAUAAAAAUGGAAUCAAACGAGAUACAAACGGCACUAUAAUAACGAAAAUAUUCGUUAUAUACCUCAGUUCUAUCCUCUCUAAUAUGAAGUACAUAUCUCAGCCAAUAGCAAUGGCAAUUGAAAUAGCAAAUAAAUGGAAAGUACAACAUUAUCACAUUCAUAAAGAUUUAAAUCAAGAUCCUUGCAUGAAUGGUGGUGUAUAUGCUUUGGCUCAUCAAGAUUAUAUAUGUAUUUGUCCUAAAGAAUUUCGUGGCAAGAACUGCCAAGAUAAAAACUACUGUUUCUCAGGCCCUUGUAUGAACGACGGAGUUUGUAAGGAAAUAUCUCAUGGCUACAAAUGUUUGUGUAUGCAAGGGUUUAUGGGUAGUAACUGUGAAGAGAAGAACCCUUGUCAGCCGAACCCGUGUAAAUUAGGGGGAUCAUGUGUGAUAUCUGAUGAAGAUGAACGUUUUCAAUGUAUCUGUAAUCCAGGAAGCAAGGGCAAGCGAUGUGAAUUGGUCGACAAAUGCAAACCUAACCCUUGUAAAAAUUCUGGCACUUGUGAAGAAAGAGAAGAAAUGUCCGUUUGUUUAUGCACAUCAGAGUAUAAAGGUCCAACUUGUGAAGACGAGAGACAAUGUUUUCAGCAACCAUGUCUAAAUGGUGGUACGUGCUUGGAGCAUGACGACAGCUUUAAUUGCACGUGUCCUGCUGGUUUUACUGGAGAUAUUUGUGGAGAGCACGUAUGCGAUCCAAGUCCUUGUAUGCAUGAAGGAAAAUGUACCGUUGAAUCAGGACAUUUUAAAUGUCACUGUCCCCCUUUAUAUAAAGGCGAUUUCUGUGAAAUUCCAAAUCCUUGUCAUGUUCGACCUUGUCUUAAUGGGGCUCUAUGUAUAGACUCAUUUAGUGGUUACCAUAGCUCUCCCACAAACUGGAAUCGUGGUUCUUUACAUUAUUUAUGCAUCUGUCAACCUGGUUUUUCUGGUUUUAACUGUGAGGUAAACGUCUGUAAAAAAUGUCACUCGUUUGCAAAAUGCGUCAACAAGACAUGUAUUUGUAAUCCAGGAUAUAAAGGCGAUGGUUUUCAUUGUGAACAAGAAGAAGGUCUUUGCGAUUCAAAUCCAUGUAAAAAUGGCGCUUCGUGUAAAGAGAAUGUACAAGGAGGGUAUGACUGCCUUUGUAUUGAUUUCUUUUCUGGACCAAAAUGUGAAGAAAAGAACCCAUGCAUUCCUAGUCCUUGUCAUAAUGAAAGUGAGUGUGUAACCUUACAAAAUGCCGACUACAGAUGUGUUUGUGAUUCAUCUCGAAAUAGCGGCAAGAACUGUGAUAUUAGCAAUAAAAGUGGUUGUUCUCCUAACUCUUGCCUUAAUGGUGGAACAUGUUAUGUUGAAGAAAAUAUGAGAAGAUGCCUGUGUAAAAAACCAUACUUAGGCAGUAGAUGCGAACAGGAUCCCACUAUUAUUGACAAAUCCUUUAAAAACAACAUAUGUCAUCCUAACCCAUGUCAAAAUGGCGGUGUAUGUGUGGCAGUGACAAGUGGCUAUGAUUGUGAAUGCUCAGACCAAUUUACUGGUGCUCAAUGUGAAGUUGAUAAGUGCUCUAAAUGUGACAUUCGUGGGGCACAUUGCAUCGCUGGAGAAUGUCGUUGUAUGAAAGGAUACAUGGGAAAUGGUUUUCAUUGUGUCAAAGGUGUAGAAUACAUAAGAUCAACUUUUACUAUGUCCCGUCAGUAUUUUUUUUUUAAGCUUUUUUUUAUUUGGAUAGUUGUCAUUAUAGCAGAGGGAAAAACUAAAGAAGUGAAAAAGGAGGAUGACGAGAAGACCUUAAAGACGCGGUUUACUACAUUGCAAAAAGAAAAGGUUAAAACUAUCCACAGAACUGACAGUGGAUUUCGUCGUACAAAACUUACGAGAGAAAAUGAAAAGUCAUUGUCUCAGUAUUUGGGAUCACAUCGUAUAUUUAAUUCGACGUUAUUUAAAUCUAGAUCUGUUUCUCCAAGUUUAUCGUCAUUUAUGAGCACAUCCAAGCUACAAGGUGGUUCAAUGAAUACCAAUAAUAUUACUCUUUUUCAAAGUGGAUUAAAGAAAGCAACUAAUCCUGUCUUACCAUCACCUUUUGCACACAAAACUCCAUCGUUAUUUCCACAAUCAAUAUCUAAAAAACAGUUUGCCCAGCAAAAUAAUCUCCUUCAAAAUGGCAUAGAAACAGAGAAAGUUUCACCUAUAAAUUACAUGAAAUAUGAUAUGAAACUGAUACCAAAAUACUUCAAGUUUCUUUACUCCAAGACACCUGAUGUCCAUGUGUCACACUUACAUUAUCAUCAGGGAGUCAACCCUUGUCAAAAUGGUGGAAUCAUGGUUCAGUCUCCUGCAGGAUACUCGUGUGUUUGUCGUAAGCAGUUUACAGGCAAACAUUGCCAGGAAAGAGAUAAGUGUUACCCCAAUCCUUGCAAGAAUGGAGGUAACUGCAUUGAUCAGGGAACACAUUUUCAAUGUAGAUGUGGUCACAAGUAUCGUGGACUCAUAUGUGACAUUUUGAAUACCUGCAUUAACAACCCUUGUGAACAUGGCGCAACUUGUUUGGAUUUGGUCAAUGAUUUCAAAUGUAUUUGUUCACUUGGUUAUAAGGGAAAAUUUUGUGAAGAAUUUGAUUAUUGCGAUCCCAAUCCUUGUAAAAAUGGCGGAACGUGUUCAGGGAUAGGAAUGAACAUAACUUGUAGCUGUUUACCGCAAUAUAAAGGAAAAAGAUGUGAAGUUAAGAAAGUUUGUCUUCCCAAUCCUUGUCGAAAUAACGGAAAUUGCAUUGAGGAGAAGUCAAGUGAUCCUUGUGAGUGCAUGCCAGGAUUUAAUGGAAAAUAUUGCCAAGAAAAUGUUUGUAAACCAAGUCCAUGUUACAAUGGCGGUAAUUGUUCUUUUGAAAAAUCUCCGAGCUCAUCGACAUGGCUACCUAUUUGUAAAUGUUCAUCUGUCUUUAAAGGAAAGAAAUGUGAAAUUCCCAACCCGUGUGCAGAAAAUCCAGGCCCAUGUAGUCAUGGUUCGUGUUCUGAUACAUACAAUAGUCGACGUGCAGAUCUUUCGGUUGAUCAUUAUGUAUGCACGUGCGAUAGGGGAUAUAUGGGGUCACAAUGUGAUGUUCGUAUUUGUGAUAAGUGUAGCAAGAAUGCAACAUGUCGCAAUGAUGAAUGUGUUUGUAAUGAUGGAUUUCAUGGUGAUGGUUUUGAAUGUCAAAAAUUACCCGACCCAUGUAAUCCCAAUCCAUGUUAAAACUUUGGAAUCUGUAUUCCUGUAAAAUCAUCUUAUGACUGCUGCUGUCCACGUAAUUCGUUGGCUCAAGAUGUGAACGGCAACUUUGAUAAGUCUUUGAUACAAUCCAUAGCGCCAAAUGGUUAUUCCCAAAUUGUCUUACGUUGUUCCUUGUUGGCACGAGACCAACAAUUUUUAUGUUUUAAAACUAAAUUUGUCAGUGAUGAAACUAACCAUCAACUUGCUUCUUUGUAUUGCGGAUAUUGACGUGUCCAUUGAGUAAAGAAAAAGAGUUUUCAAAAUAAAACAUCACUUAAAAUUGUCAAUGCGGGACUAAAUCUUGCUUACCGCUACGCUACCGUAAACUGACAUCUUAUAUAUAAGUUAAAUAAAAGUCAAGUUAUUUAAUUUUCGUCUCAAUUAUAGUUAGGGUUUGUGCUGUAUGAUUGUAUUAUUACAAAAAUUGCAUUAAAUCCUGAUUUAUGAAGUUAAA